AUGCCACCACGCCCACCUUUCUCCUCACUACCCCUCGACCCCAACGGCCCGCCCGGCAAUGCUUGGGGUCUGUACGGCAACUCGGACAAGCUCGGGGCUCUCAAUCUGCUCACACCAAACGUGGUGGCCGAAGCAGCCUCGGAGAUUCGAACUGGAGAACAUCCGUUUGAGUGGAAGUUGUGUAACAGAGGCGGUCGGUCUGUUAAUGAUGACCAUGUCAACUUCAACACGCAGUGUAGUAGUCAAUGGGAUGGAUUCCGGCAUUACGGAUACCAGAAAGCAAUAAGGUUUUAUAACAACACAUCUCAAGCUGAUCUAGAGAAGCCGGAGAACAUUGGCAUAGACGCCUGGGUAGAAAAGGGCGGCGUGGUAGGUCGAGGCGUACUUCUGGACUACUUAUCUUACUGUCAUAAGCGUUCUAUCCCCUUGUCCGCCAUGUCGAGCGUCGCUAUUCCCUUGUCACACUUGAAAGAGCUCGUUCAAGAGCAUAACAUUAUUUUUCGGCCCGGUGACAUUCUCUUCCUCCGCUCCGGCUUCACCUUGGCCUACGAGUCGCUGUCCCUAACCGAGCAAAAGGCGCUCGCAUGCCGCUCUUCGCCCGACUUCAUCGGCUUGGAAGCUACGAAAGAAGUGCUGCAGUGGAUCUGGGAGUCUGGAUUUGCAGCGGUGGCGUCCGACACGCCCAGUUUUGAGAGGGCGCCAAUCGCCGGACCCCACACAGCCAAAGGGGGCCAGUGGGAGGGUGAGGAGUGGGAGGAUGAGAUUAUUGGCGGUGGGUUGCUCCACCAAUGGUUGCUGGCAGGAUGGGGACUGCCGAUUGGGGAGAUGUUUGAUCUCGAGAACCUGAGCCGGAAAUGCGAAGAGUUGAAAAGGUGGACAUUUUUCGUGAGCAGCGUGCCACUGAAAGUUCCUGGGGGCGUGGCAAGUCCACCGAAUGCGAUUGCGAUAUUUUAG